AUGGCCGCUAAGUCGGAUGGAGCAGCCGUGUCUGAGCAGAGUGAGACCCCGUCUCGGUGUCUGGUCGGACCCGAACAACGCCCAACCCUGUACCGGUAUGUCGGAACGCCGUACACGCUGGUGGACUGUUGCUGGGUGCUAUGCGCUCUCCUUGUCUUUUUCUCCGACGGGGCCACAGACCUGUGGCUGGCUGCGGACUACUACCUGAGGGGGAACAAUUGGUGGUUCUGGCUGACGCUGCUCUUCGUCGUGGUUCCCUCCACCGUGGUCCAGGUGUUGAGUUUCAGGUGGUUCGUGUACGACUACACCGAACUGAGCGGGACGUCCAGCGGAGCAGGUCCUGCGGCGGCGUGCGGAGGUGAUUUCAGCACCAAGGGCAGCGAUCAACGGAGCACCGGCAAUGCUGCCGGGGCAUGUACGCUGCCCACCACGGGCACGCUGAGCAGCAGCCGGAGGUGCUGCAGGGUCUGCAUGUGGAUCUUUCAAUCCGUCAUUCACAUCCUGCAACUGGGGCAGGUCUGGAGGUAUGUGCAUGUCCUGUACCUGGGCGUGCAGAGCCGCUUCCAUGGCGACCUGGAGCGGCGGCACUUCUACUGGCGCCUGAUGUUCGAGAGCGCUGACAUCAACAUGCUGCGGCUGCUGGAGGCCUUCCUCAAGAGCGCCCCCCAGCUGGUACUGCAGCUCAGCAUCAUGAUCCACGGCAACCACAUCCUGCCCCUGCAGGGACGUGGUGACCAGCCCGCCCAGGACCCUGCAGAGGACUACGAGGGGCGACCGCGGCGGGGGACGGGGGGGAUGGAGCCGGGCAGCGCGGGGGAUCGGGAGAGCUGCCUGCCCGUGUUCCAGGUGCGGCCUCCCAGCGCGCCGCCCUCCGCCCAGUCCCCGCGCACGCCGCGCCUGGAGGGGCCGGUGAUCCGCAUCGACCUCCCCCGCAAGAGGUACCCGGCCUGGGACGCCCACUUCAUCGACCGCCGGCUGCGCAAGACCAUCCUGGUGCUGGAGAACACCUCGCCGGUCACGCCGCGCAUCCAGUACCGCAGCCUCAGCAACCCCAAGGAGGUGACCGAGUACGAGACCACAGUGUGAGUGCGCGCACCACGAAUGACCUCCAAGCCACCAGGGGGCGCAAAAAACAAGCCUCCCUUUCAAACACAGUGCUCUCAAAGGAGCGCGCAGGGAAACUGAGCUCUGGAGGGACAAGAGGACGCUGGGACAUGUAGUUCUCCGGGGCUGGCCCCUCUGUGCUCCUGUGUCAGACCUGUGCAUGCGAGGGCCCUGGCCGUGGCCGGCACUCUCUUACAGCAGGAGGGGGGAGAGAUGACAGAGGGGCUCAAAAGGUCAGGGGUUAACCUUUGAGGUCACGACCUCUUCUGUAACAAGACUGAGACAAGAACAACCUAAGUGGGACCAUAUCAGGCCCAGACAAUGAACCAUAUGGAUGUCAAACUAUGAAGCUGAAGCAGUUACAGUAUAGUGCCAUUGUUGGAUGAUGGUGAUGAUGAUGAUGAUGGUGACUGACUGUGAAGGUGACUGUAAGUGGUGCUAGUGGUGCUGAUGAUGGCAAUGACUGUGUCCAUUAUAAAGAAAAUGAAAAACGACUAUAUAGUGUAUGUAAAAUCCAGAGAAGAAUUUGAAUUCUUCACGCCAGUUCUGUUAGAGAGAGCUACCGUUGGCUUCUCGACCUCAGUGUUACAGUGACAUGAAAACAGUUACAGUUGUGUGUAAGUUCGCUUCUGUGAAUGGUGCAAAGAUUUAGCAAUCAUCCUUUUUCCUUGAAUCGAUUCAAUGAUUUGAAUAUUUAUUUUUUUCAUAGAUUUUAUUCAUUUGAUAAUUUUUAUGACUCAGUGACCAUGUCUUUGAUAUGAUUCGUAUGAUGUAAUCAUACGUCUAUAUACAUAUGGAUUUUUCUGUUUGAUGUAUAUAUUACCUUUUAAGCCCCUUGUGGGUAAGUAUGAGUGUUUGUUUGAGGUUGUGUGUUUGUUUGAUUGGUCUUGGAAAAUGCUGCCUCGUUUAUAAUAAAGAUAAAGAGCAGAUUAAAAAAAAACUAAAUUAAAAGAAAAAAGACGUAAAAUCAAAAGCUGUGAUAAAAAUGUAGAUGGAAAAAAAAGAUAAUGGUAGUAAAAUCGGCUGAGCCAACAGCCUUAAGAAAC